UUGUUUUUGGUAUAAAAUAGAAGGCUUGAUCAAAUUCUUGUUGGUUCGAGUUCUUUCUAAUUUGUCUUUGUCCACCAAAAAGCCUUCAAUUCAGUCACCAGCUACUACCUAUAAAUCAUUUGCACCACCGUCUACCGCUUUCUCUUCUUCUCCGUGAAAUACUGUUCACUCCGCCGCCUCGCCGGGCUUCACAAUCCGCCGCCAUUAGCCCCCCUUCUGACCGCUCGAGUCCAAUUUUCUUCCGAAUCGACUUUUGAAUAAGUAAUUCCCCAAAAUUCCCAAUUUUGAAAUCUUAGCCACCAGGGGACAAAGGAGCUUCGAUGGGUAAGAGAGGUAGGGCCGCCGUGGUCGUGCUUGGUGACAUUGGCCGUAGCCCUCGAAUGCAAUACCAUGCGCUUUCUCUUGCUCGUCAGACCUUCCUGGAAGUUGAUAUUGUCGCAUAUGGAGGUUCAGAGCCCCACAUUUCAGUGUUAGAGCACCAAUCAAUCCAUAUACACAAAAUGCCACAAUGGCCGACUCUACCUCGUCUUCCAGAACUUUUCCGUCCCUUAUUUCUAAUGUUGAAGCCUAUAUUUCAGUUUUUUGUGCUGCUUUGGUAUCUUUGUGUAAAGAUACCAGCUCCUGAUGUUUUCAUAGUGCAGAAUCCACCAUCAGUUCCUACUCUAGUGGUUGUCAAGUUCGCCAGCUGGUUGAGACAUUCAGCAUUCAUUAUUGAUUGGCAUAAUUUUGGCUAUACCCUGCUUGCACUGUCCCUUGGAAGGAGUAGUCUCUUUGUCGCAAUAUAUCGAUGGAUUGAGAAGGGUUGUGGCAAGAUGGCUCAUGGUUCCUUGUGUGUGACUAAGGCAAUGCAACAUGAGUUAUCACAGAACUGGGGAAUUAAAGCCACUGUUCUGUAUGAUCAACCACCUGAAUUCUUCCGGCCUGCUUCACUUGAGGAGAAACAUAGUUUAUUUUGCAGGAUUAGUAAACAUAUAAACGAGCCAUAUGGCCGUCGAGACUGCGUAAGCAACGGAUCUGCAGGACCACAAAACAAUGAUCCUAGUGUAACACCUUUUACAACCAAGGUUGGCACUGAUAUAUUCUUGAAGCAAAACAGACCAGCACUCGUUGUUAGCAGCACAAGCUGGACCCCGGAUGAAGAUUUUGGCAUUCUUCUAGAAGCAGCUCUUAUGUAUGAUAGACGAGUUGCUGCACUAUUAGGUGAGGAUGACAAAACUGGGGAUGAAAUCUGCUGGGAUGAAAAACAAUUUGCAUACCCGCGGUUGCUGUUCAUUAUUACUGGUAAAGGACCUCAAAAGGAAAAGUACGAGAAGAAGAUAAGGAAACUUAAUCUAAAACGUGUAGCAUUCAGAACUAUGUGGCUGUCAGCAGAGGAUUAUCCCUUGCUUCUUGGGUCAGCAGAUUUAGGUGUCUGUUUGCAUACUUCGUCGUCAGGGUUGGAUCUUCCCAUGAAGGUUGUGGAUAUGUUUGGCUGUGGAUUACCUGUCUGUGCUGUUUCAUAUUCUUGUAUAAAGGAGCUGGUAGAUGUUGAAAAGAAUGGCCUUCUUUUCUCGUCAUCUUCAGAACUGGCUGAUGAACUCAUGAUGUUGUUCGAGGGUUUUCCAGAAAAAUGCAAUGCAUUGAAGUCGAUGAGGUCAAACUUGAUGGAAAGGGUAUCUUCAGUUAGGUGGGCAACAACAUGGGAAGAACAUGCCAAGCCUUUAAUAACCGAGGUUAUCGCAGAAAACUAUACCUGAAUGCUGCAAGAAUGGCACAAAAAGAAAAAAAAAAGAACUUGCAGGUAAAAAGAUAAGCGGAGGAAGUCUCGGUUUCGAGGGUUUUUUUUUUCUUUUUUUCUUUCUUCCCUUUCUCUUAAGCAAGAAAGAAACUCAGAUCUUUGUACUGUACGAUCUUCUACUUGUGAAUUUGUGCUUUAGAAUUAAUAAAAUCAUCACUCUUUUAAAUUAUAAUGUUGAUAUAGGUGGCCAUCACAAUUAGAUAAAUGAUAAAUAAUAUAUAAUAUUUGUUUACUGCAUCA